UCGGUCACUCACAGCAGGCCGGCCCAAGAUGGGGAGAGGUGAGCUGCAGCAAUCCGGUAUGCAGCUGCCAGCUACUAUGCAGGAAGCAAGGUAUGGAGCAGGGAGAAGGAGCUUAGGGGCGCAGCAUCCAAGUGCUGCGCCUCCACAGAGAGCUGUGGAAGGAUCCACUCAGUUUGUAAGGGCAGCGGCCG